GGGCGUGGCUUCCGCAUACGUCAUUACGUCGGUCAUCAAUAAGAAGUUGCUAUUGAAAUAAACAGGUGAACAGGAAUAGUCCUUAUAGUUUACCAUAGUCAUGUUAAACGAGAUUGGAUAUGCCUUUCCUGCAGGCGAUGAAAGUGAUGGGAGUAGCGACGAGUGGGACAUUGGAUAUUCUGGUAAUAACAAAAAACCAUGCGCUGAGUUUUCUGAAGCACACCCAAAUGGAGAAGAUAAAGUAUUCACCUUGAAAAGGGCCAUUACUACAGGGAAUGUCGACCUGGUGCGCGAGCUCUUAGACAGUGGUCUGGACGUGGAGACACGGCUUGGCUUUGGUUGGACUCCUCUCAUGUGCGCUGCCCAUGUGGCCCACUACGAGCUCGCUGAACUGCUGCUGGAUCAUGGUGCAAGUGCAAACUUCAGCAGAGACCACUAUACAGUUCUGAUGGCUGCUUGCACAGCAGCGUCUGCCACAGAAGAGAUGAUCUCCAGGUGUGUGGCUCUGCUGCUCAGUCGCAACGCUGACCCGAAUGUCUGCAACAGGAGCAGUAUGACGUGUCUGAUGCUGGCAGCCAGAGAUGGCUAUUGUCAGUUGAUUAAUUUGCUGGUUUCACAUGGAGCAAAGCUGAACUUUCAGAAUGAUAAUGGACUUACGGCCCUCAUAAUAGCAGUGCAAUAUGGACGUGAAGUGGCCGUGUUGAAACUGCUUCAACUAGGAGCGGAUAAGUUCAUCAAAACCAAAAUGGGGAAGACGGCAGCUGACAUGGCUAAAAUGUCCAGUUACCCUGAGAUCUCCAGGAUCCUUAGUUCGACAGAGCUCUCUACUGUAAAUGUCAGUGCACCCUCCAAAGCUGAGGCACUGUAUACAUUUCUCAAUCACAACCCUGAUCUUUCCUCUGCCUGCAAAGAGAGUUCCUCUAAGCUGAGUGAUAUUGAACUUCUGCUGCAUGGUUUGAAUCUGGAUCAUCUUUCGGACAUCAUGGUGGAAAAUGAUGUCACUUGGAGUGACCUGUUGAUCAUGGAGAAGGGGGACUUGGAAAAGAUUGGCGUAACUAAUCCUGAGGAUCUAAAGAAGAUUCUCAGCACAAUGGAGCUGAUGCACCUUGAUAAAGUAGAUCUGGAUACCCUGAUGCCUCUUAAUAACAUAGACAGCGGGAGGGAAGAUUUCCUUAAUUUUCUGAUCAGUCUGAAACAGCAGUGCUGUUACUUGACAGAAACCUUACAGGAUGUCAUCAGCAGAUUCCCACGUAGCCCCUCUGAGGUUGUUCUUACAUGUGAUCCCAAGAAAGAGGCUCAAGCCCUUUGCACCGAGCUAGUAACUCAGACAGGAGACCUCCAGAAGGAGAUUCUCUGUCUUAAGACCCUACUCAGCAAGGUGGAUCACACAGAAUACAACUUUAAGCUUCUUCAACCCGUCUCCAAUAAUGGCCAGGGAGGAAAGCCCCACAAGAGGUUUGCUGCUGUGCUUGGACUUGGAUUGCUUGGAGCAGGGCUUCUAUUUGUGCUGUCACAAUCAAAAAAACUGAACUAUUUUUGAGAUUAUGUAUUUCAAUGAUGUAUGUAUUUUAAGUUGUUACCUCAAUAUUUUAUUAAUAAUUGUAUGUUAAGAAUAUGUUACAGUCAUCUUUUUUGUGGUGCUAUUCUAGACUGUUAUUCAAGUAAAUCUAUUAAAUGUUCUUUUGGUUUUUCAGACAAUGCACUUCAUCAUAAACUUUUCCCAAACCACAACGUCAUCCUUUUCUUUGCUUUGUGUGUAAUAACUGUUGUCAACUUCUAUUACAGCGGCAUCUGCCGGUUAGAGCUGGCCAGCUAGCACUUUGUGUUUGGGAAAUUCUGCUUUGAUUUUGCUGGGUGGCCCAAAAAGUAAAGCCAUUGCCAGUCGCUGUCUGUGGUGCUGAAAUGUCAUUUCCGGGUGCAGGACCCCCUUCACCUAAUUUCAUGAUGAAAGCUGGUUGCUUGAUCAGUCAUCUUCAGUUACUUUGAACAAUUACUUAUUCCAUGUUAAUUUUCAGACUUAAGGGGACAAUGAAAUGUAAUAUGGCAUGUGUGAGCUGUUUCCUGAAAGCCCUGUUCUGAGUAUGUUGGAUGAUUAUGAGCAGCAAAAAAAUGGCAGCUCUAUUAUCUCUUUAAUUUCUUUUGGUUGCAUGCAUUGUAGAUUUAUUAUGUGAGUAAGCAAAAGUUAGGCCAAUUAAAAUGCAUUUA